AUGUUUCAUUUGUUUGGACCUGAACACCCCUACCAAACGGUGGCUCUUUCACAUUUUGGUGAUCUAUUUAAAUUAGAGCCCUCGACACUUCCGUUAGAGAACCGUCGACCAAAAGAAAAAGAACUAAUUUGUUUGAAAAAGGAACUUCAUUUUAUACGUGGAAAUCCAGACAGUACGCGGAAAGGCAUGGACGAAAGGCCAAAACCAGGAUCACUUAAAACAACAUUUCACGAAUUGGUCCUGGAGAAGUUUUUUGAUGAAUUUGUUACAGUUUGGUAUCGGGAAAGAAUCAUAGAUGCUAACGUUUAUGAUAAAGCUAGACGAGAGAUUGACAUAUUGAAAGAUAAGAAAACUAAUAAGACAAAAAAAAUGGUAGAGAAAAAUGUUUACGAUACAUCUACAGUUAAGCGUUUACCACCAAGUAGUUUACACAGUCAGAGUGAUCUUCAGUCGGGAAAACGUAAAGGUGUGCCUGCAGACUUUAAUUCAGCAAACAAAUGGACUAGUGACAGAAGUAAAAACGUUGAAAGUAGACUUGAGCAUGAUUUACAGCUUCAAAAUAAAGAACUCGUACAAAAAGUAGAACAUUUGAAAGACAAGGUGCAUGAGAUCCGAGCUUCUGCACACUAUGAUUUGAAAGAGAAAGAUGACCAGAUUGUCAAACUAAAGAAACAUCUUGAAAGUGGACUUGAGUAUGAUUUACAGCUUCAAAAUAAAGAACUCUUGCAAAAAGUAAACCAUUUGAAAGAGAAGGUGCAUGAAAUCCGAGCUUCUGCACACUAUGAUUUGAAAGAGAAAGAUGACCAGAUUGGCAAACUAAAGAAACAUCUUGAAAGUGGACUUGAGUAUGAUUUACAGCUUCAAAAUAAAGAACUCUUACAAAAAGUAAACCAUUUGAAAGAGAAGGUGCAUGAAAUCCGAGCUUCUGCACACUAUGAUUUGAAAGAGAAAGAUGACCAGAUUGAGAAACUAAAGAAACAUCUUGAAAAUUUAAGAGAACAGAACAAGGAUUUGUCAAAACGGCAGGUUUUCUUCUCAAUAGCAUUUCUUUCUUCCAAUUGA